AUGUCAAUUGCAUCAUUCGCACAUAUUCAUUACGUUACGAUAACUUCGAUUACUCCUUCUUCCUCUUUGAAAAAAAUACGUCGAUUUUCAGAAGAGAAGAUGAAUGCUGAUCUGUGGGCCCGUCCGAACUUCAAUCUCUGGAUUGUAAGCGCAGAACCACCAAAAAACACACCGGUGGUUGAAUACGAGAAACCAAACGACAAACGAUUCACCAUUCAUGUUGUCCAUGGUGGGCUAUUUACAGACUACCUAAUGAAGGUGUAUCAACAUACCCAAGUUCACUUCAUUUCUUAUGUGAACAUCGAUUUGUUAGACGUGGAGUUGGUUGGGCAUUUUUCUAGAAGCCUUGGGUAUACCAGUUUGGGGAACUGGUAUCAUAUACCCAUCGAAGAACACAGUGGGUUGUCAAUGGUUCCAAUACUGAAUGAUGAAUGUUUGGAACCAUUCAAGAUGUUAGUUAGGGACCAUAAGUUCAAAGAAAUUGAACAUCUCUAUGUUAAACAAAGGCAUGUGUUUGUUCAAAACAAUUUCCCACACUUUUUGAUGAACUCUCCAGCUAAACGUGUUGAGAAGCUUAUUCACAUGUUUGUAACAGAACAUCCAAUGGCUUCGGUUGAUGAUGGAAUAGCAUAG